AUGGCGAUGUCUUGGACAAGAGGCUUAAAGCAUGGUGUUGUUCCAAGGCAUGCCGCUCAAUUGGUAGAGAGUAGAAGCCUUGCAAUUGCAAGCAAGGCAAAGAAGGGUGGAAAGGGUGGAGGGGCUGAUGCUGCCAAAACUCCUGCUCUCAGCCAAGAGCUUAAAAGUACAACAGUGUUUGGAGCAAACAUCCUCAAGGAGGGUUCUGAUCCAAAAAUCCAACCAGACUCUGAGUAUCCUGACUGGCUGUGGCACUUGCUCGACAAACGUCCUGUACUAAGUGAGCUGCGGAGGAAAGAUCCCAAGACACUCCCUUAUGAAGACCUGAAGCGUUUUGUCAAGUUGGACAACCGAUCUAGGAUCGAGGAAAAGAAUGCCCUCACUGCUAAGAACUGA